AUGUCCAAAGUACCAAGAAGUUUUAGAUUGUUAGAAGAGCUAGAGAAAGGUGAAAAAGGUUUGGGACCCGAAUCUUGUAGUUAUGGAUUAGCAGAUAGUGAUGAUAUUAGUAUGACAACAUGGAACGGUACAAUUUUGGGUCCACCUCACAGUAAUCAUGAAAAUCGAAUCUAUUCGCUAUCCAUAGAAUGUGGACCUAAUUAUCCUGAUCAUCCACCAACGAUUAAGUUUAUAUCGAAGAUUAACCUUCCAUGUGUGGAUUCAAAGACUGGACAGGUCACCCCAUCAACUUUUCAUACUCUGCGUGAUUGGAAAAGGGCUUACAAUAUGGAGACUAUACUAUUGGAGCUAAGAAAAGAGAUGGCAACUCCUGCAAAUAAGAAGUUACCGCAACCUAAGGAAGGAUCUACAUUUUAA